AUGGCUUGGGCUUUGCAUGGUAAAGUGCUGGUAUUGCUGCUGGGUUACCUGGGCCUAGUGGCUGCUGAUUUGCGAACAGAUCUUCGAGAUUUUGCUGCAUUAGUUCCGCGACGACGAAUCGCUCAUAUCGCUGCCCGGCAUUAUGUGUUCGAUCAGCGUUUUCGACAAGCUAUGCAAUUCAUACGAAGUGACGAGUUUUUGCAGAUCUGGAAAGAAAUACGCGCUGCUCCCGAUGUUGCCGAUCUGCUUGGGUUCCUCACCGUUAACGGUUCUGGCUAUGAUGUGAGCAGCGUGGUGGAUAUGGUGCCCAACCGUUUACAUAGCUUUCAGAUACCGCGCCUAGUGCCUGUCCAGAUGAUGCUGCAGAGAGACUUGACCACUUUUCUUCGAGAGGUGGUUCAAAGCCUGCCGCGCGCAAAGUUCUACAGCCUAGCAGCCCGAAAAGUGCAUGAGGGCGGAGAAUUCGCCCUACUUUACAAGGCUCUACGCAGUCAGAAGUUUCGGGAUCUAAUGCAUAGUGUUCGGCAUUCACCGGACUUGAAGACGCCACUCGACAAGUUGAGCGAACAAUAUAUAAAUGUAGACGAAAUAAUACAAAUGACGUUCGAGCUCAUCGGCUGGGGACCACAAACAACUUAA